AUGGUUAGGCUCAGCGGCAAGAACUUCCUCUACUUGCCAGAGCCGUAUGCCCCUAGCUCUCUCAUGUUGCCGACUUGCUUCAGGGCCACGGCUCAAUAUCUGGUCCAGUAUGGACCGGAAACCCGCGGAAUCUUUCGUAUUCCAGGGUCAAUCCGUGGAAUCAAUGCAAUCUUCGACUACUACUGUGACGAGAAGGCUGGUGAAGAAGUUACCAAUACGAUUCGCUGCGCGUCUCUCCCGACCCAUAUCAACGUCGGAAUACACGACAUAGCGUCAGCCUUCAAGAAGUUCCUCUCCGUUCUCCCUGGCGGUAUCCUGGGUACACUUUCGCUUUUCGAUGCACUGGUGGCCAUACAAUGCCAGCUUCGGGGUGAGCCCGAGCUAAGCAGAACGAAAGAGACGAAGCUUCGAGCCCGCCUCAUCGCACUAGCAAUCGGUACCGUCAAAUCACAAUUCCAGCGAGAACUGAUAUGCGCCGUAUUUGGUCUUCUCUCUGUCAUCGGCCGUGCUGGGGAGACGGCAGCCCGCGAAGACGAGCGGGGUCAUCCUCUUCCCACGUCUGAUCUCAUGGGAUAUACCGCAUUAGGCAUCGUCUUUGGACCCCUGCUUCGAAAGCACAAGACGAACCACCACUUCCAGCGAUAA